CUCCAAGGAAAAAUUCCUUCUCAACUUGCGAUGGCCAGUGCAUGGAUAAAACCUCCUACAAGAACAGAACUCAUUGAGAAUUUGGUCUCUGGCGUAGACCGCUACAAUCCAUCCAAUGUCGGAAUCCUCGAGGACUACCUGUACCACCAAAUAAGAAGCCGGGAAUAUGAUUGCUUGGCCAACCUGGCCAUCUUGAAGCUGUAUCAGUUUAAUCCAGAACUCUACAAUCCUGACGUUGUCAUCAACAUUCUCAUUAAAGCACUGUCCGCCUCUCCACUUCCCGAUUUUAACUUAUGUAUAUCCCUUCUCGACGAGAGACCGAUCAACGCAACCCUCGAUGAACCCGACCCGUUGCCACAACUACUUCCAAUUCUUCAAGGGUUACACCAUCUCCUCUACCGAUGCCGCUUUCCAGCUUUCUGGAGAGCAUAUCGAUCGGAGCAGCUCUCUGGCUUGCGUGAAAACUACACGGUAGAGGUCGCUGGUUUCGAGGAUUCUAUCCGAGAAGUCGCCAUUCGCGCUGUAAAGUCGACUUUCACGCGCAUCAACACUGACCGGCUCGGAUUGUACUUAGAUUUGAACAGUCCCGAAGAACUCAAUGCUUACAUCAAAAAACUUGGCUGGGCGUUAGAUUCAACUGGCGCCGUCAUCAACAUUCCUCCCAAUCCAGACAACCAAAUCGCGGCAACAGUUGUACAGGAAAAUAUCAAACUUCCUCAGCUUACAAAAGUUAUCGCCCAAGCCAUUAAGGCAUGAGCCAUCUAGCUCGCCUCACUUUUUACGCGCUGUAUCAGUAAAUGUAUCUCUUGUAGAAAUACCAUGCACGCAUUUACUACCACAG